AUUUAACCACGCCGCGUACGAAAAAAGCUACCAAACAAAACCGAAGCACUCUGUGAUCUCUCCCUGUGACUCAGAAAGUUUAUACUUUUUCGUCUCUGCCCCGCAUCAGAGUUCCUCGUCUUCCGCCGCAGCAACAAUGGGAAAGGGUGGUUCAUUAAGCGACGGCGUAUUGAAGAAGAUCUUGCUAUCCUACACUUAUGUGGCGAUCUGGAUCUUCCUCUCCUUCACUGUCAUCGUCUACAACAAGUACAUCUUGGACAAGAAGAUGUACAACUGGCCUUUCCCGAUCUCACUGACCAUGAUCCACAUGUCAUUCUGUGCAACCCUGGCUGUUCUUGUAAUCAAGGUCUUCAAAUUGGUGGAGCCGGUCACGAUGUCUUGGGAUCUCUACUUCUCCUCCGUCGUCCCCAUAGGAGCUCUGUAUUCUCUUUCUCUCUGGCUCUCUAAUUCGGCUUACAUAUAUCUGUCUGUGUCAUUCAUUCAGAUGUUGAAGGCCUUGAUGCCGGUCGCUGUGUACUCAAUCGGAGUGCUAUUCAAGAAAGAGAAUUUCAAGAGUGACACCAUGAUGAACAUGGUCUCAAUCUCGCUCGGAGUCGGCAUUGCUGCUUAUGGUGAGGCCAGAUUUGAUACUUGGGGUGUGAUCCUGCAACUGGGUGCGGUCGCCUUCGAGGCCACAAGGUUGGUUAUGAUCCAAAUCUUGCUUACAUCUAAAGGGAUCACCUUGAAUCCGAUCACAUCUUUGUAUUACGUUGCUCCUUGUUGCUUAGUCUUCUUGUUCCUGCCCUGGAUCUUUGUUGAGUACCCAAUUUUGAGGGAGACAUCGAGUUUCCAUUUCGAUUUUGUGAUCUUUGGUACCAAUUCAUUGUGUGCUUUUGGCUUGAAUCUCGCUGUGUUCUUGCUUGUGGGCAAGACCUCUGCGUUGACCAUGAAUGUGGCCGGCGUGGUGAAGGAUUGGCUUUUGAUUGCUUUCUCAUGGUCAGUGAUUAAGGACACUGUGACUCCCAUAAAUUUGAUUGGGUAUGGACUGGCCUUCUUGGGGGUUGGAUACUACAAUCACUCCAAAUUGCAGGCCUUAAAGGCCAAGGAAGCGCAGAAGAAGGCAGCACAGGCCGAGGAGGAAGCAGGGAGGCUUUUAGAGGAUGGAGAUGCCAAGAAAAGCGAAUCCGUGAAGUAAUAUUUUUUUUUGGCAAUAAUUUUUUUAGAAUUGGUUUUAGUUACAAUGGACUUGAACUUGAAAAAGGAGGGGAGCAAUAAGGGCACGAGUGAGGAGGAAGGGGAAAUUGAUAGUCUCGAUGGAGUAGUUUCCUCAUUGGGCUGGUUUUGAAGUCAUUGUCAUUAUAUCUUGUUUUAGAUAUAAGUUUCUCAUGCUUAGUAGUUGUGGUUUAGGGAUUUGAGGGGAGAUUGCUCAUUGUGCCAAUUUAUCUUUGGUUUUUGCUUCAUGUGUAGGAACAUCUGUCAUCUAUACAUCUAUCAUCUAUUGAAGUUUUAAAGAAUACUUAUUUCUUCAUAUGCUA